GAAAACAAAGUCCCACGUGACUGGCCCUGCGCUCAGGCCAUCAUGGCGUCUCCCAGUGGGAAGGGAUCCUGGACGCCCGAGGCUCCUGGCUUCGGGCCGCGCGCGCUACCUCAGGACCUGGUGGACUCGGUGGACGACGCCGAGGGGCUGUAUGUGGCGGUCGAGCGCUGUCCGCUGUGCAACACCACUCGCCGGCGGUUGACUUGCGCCAAGUGCGUCCAGAGCGGUGAUUUCGUCUAUUUCGACGGCCGCGACAAGGAGAGGUUUAUUGACAAGAAGGAAAGGCUAAGCCAGCUUAAGAGAAAACAAGAAGAAUUUCAGAAAGAAGUACUAAAAGCUAUGGAAGGGAAACAGCUAACAGAUCAGUUGAGAUGGAAAAUAAUGUCAUGCAAGAUGAGGAUUGAACAGCUGAAGCAAACAAUAUGCAAAGGAAAUGAAGAAAUGAAGAAAAACUCUGAAGGCCUUCUCAAAAACAAGGAAAAGAACCAAAAGCUUUACAGCCGAGCACAGCGGCACCAGGAUAAAAAGGAGAAGAUUCAGCGGCAUAACCGCAAGCUUGGGGACCUGGUGGAAAAGAAAACCAUUGACUUGAAGAGUCACUAUGAGCGGCUGGCGAGUCUGCGAAGGUCCCACAUCUUAGAGCUCACCUCUGUCAUCUUCCCAAUGGAUGAAGUGAAGACUUCUGUGAGAGAUCCUGCAGACAUGUCUUCGGAGAGUGACAGUGCCAUGACCUCCAGCAUGGUGAGCAAACUUGCUGAGGCCCGGAGGACAACUUACCUCUCUGGAAGAUGGGUCUGUGAUGACCACAACGGUGACACCAGCAUUAGCAUUACAGGCCCUUGGAUUAGCCUCCCAAACAACGGGGACUACUCCGCCUACUACAAUUGGGUAGAAGAGAAGAAAACCACCCAAGGGCCUGACAUGGAGCACAACAACCCUGCCUACACUAUCAGCGCCGCGCUGUGCUACGCCACUCAGCUGGUCAACAUUGUGUCUCACAUACUUGAUGUCAAUCUUCCCAAAAAGCUGUGCAACAGUGAGUUCUGCGGGGAAAACCUCAGCAAACAGAAACUGACUCGUGCAGUGAGGAGACUGAACACAAACAUCCUUUACCUGUGUUCCUCUCAGCACGUGAAUUUAGAUCAGUUACAACCACUGCAUACACUCAGGAACCUGAUGCACUUGGUCAGCCCACACUCUGAGCACCUAGGCAGGUCAGGACCCUUUGAAGUGCGAGCAGACCUUGAGGAAUCCAUGGAGUUUGUAGACCCCGGAGUUGCAGGAGAAUCAGAUGUGAGUGGAGACGAGCGUGUGAGCGAUGAGGAGACCGACCUGGGCACGGACUGGGAGAACCUGCCGAGCCCCAGAUUCUGUGACAUCCCUUCCCAGCCCGUGGAAGUCUCCCAGAGCCAGAGCUCCCAGGCGUCCCCACCCAUAGCCAGCAGCAGUGCUGGUGGGAUGAUCUCCUCCGCGGCGGCCUCGGUGACCUCCUGGUUCAAAGCUUAUACCGGACACCGCUAAUAAGUGUAGACCAGAACCUGAAACCUUUCCCACUGCCCUCUAGUAACCUUGUCUGUAGUUGCCAGAGGGGCUAUCCUAGCGUUAGGACAGCACGUGUGCCUGUCCGGUGGCCUGUGAUGGUGACUGGCGUGCUCGGGAUCUCUGCCAGCCUUGAGCUUGUGGCUUCCUGGACCCUCGGUCCGACCCCUCCACCCCAGUGUGCUGGUUCCUGGGAUGUCAAGUCUUCCCGACACAAGUUGUAGACUUCGUCAGAUCACAAGGAGCUGUUUCUUGGUGGUGAGGAAUGAAAGACAAAAGCUGCGUUUGUCUUUUUGUCAUCUUUUUGAGACUUGCCAGCCAGUUUUGGUCUUAUGGGGGAGGACAGGACAAGCUUACUGCUGUCGCCAUGGGUCACAUUCCUGAUUUUCUACCACACACCAAAGAAACCGCGGUCUAUUCUCCAGACCCACACCCACCAAUGGGGGAAUCCUAGCUUCAAUGUAUAGAGAUGUCUAAACAGUUUUCUUGUACUGAGGGGAAAUAAGUACAUUCUUGUUCAUUGGAGUUACGGUACUGCACUCUUCUUAAAUUGGGAUUUUUCCCUUUGUCGUUCCCUACUUGAGCUAAAUGCAGCCUGGGCACAGUUUGAACACUUGAUUAAGUGGUCAUUCUCUUGCUGUCCAGUUUCUUGGAGGUGGGUGUUAACUAGUCGUUAACAAGCAGAAAUCCCUCCUGCUUGUUCCUGGGGUCUGAGAGGCUCUGGAGUGUGGAGCACUGUGCAGCUGUCCCAGGAGAUGCUCAAGGACAAUCUUACAACUGUAAUGAGAGGCAUUGUGUUCAAGCUUGUAAGUAGUUCUAUUUUACUUUUAAUAACUUCAAAAGAGAAAAGUCCUAUGUAACAGACCACAGAAACCCUGUGGAAAGCACCCUCCCAGGCGGUGGUGCCACGCCUUCUUGGCAUGACUGGUGUGACAUGUGAUGUGUGACGUGUGAUGGUGUGAUGUGGGAUAUGUGACGGUGUGACGUGGGAUGUGUGACGGUGUGACGUGGGAUGGUGUGACGUGGGACGGUGUGACGUGGCAUGGUGGGAUGUGGGAUGUGUGACGUUGUGACGUGGGAUGUCUGAUGGUGGAUGGUACCUCAGACAAGUCCUGCAGCAGUGUGUCCAGCCCGAGCUUCUGGUCCCUGUUGUUGGAGUUGAUUCUUUGCAGACUGAGGUGUAGAGAGCGUCUGCUGGGUGUAGACCUGUGGAAAGGACUUCACUCCUGUCCAGGAGCCCCAUGGUCCCUAACUCUAGAUCCUCCACCUAGGGAGGAGACAGCUUCCCUCUUGCAGGUGUUCAUUUGGCUGGAGUCUGUUUCCACUCAGCUUCACAAUUGUUGGGCUUGCAUUUCACCCUCUAGUUGUAGGAUUUGUAGAUGAAGUCUGGUGGAAUGAACAGAACCAGCUGGAAAAACCAUGAGCUUGAGCUGAAGCUACAGAAAGAGUGCGGAGGUCACAACUCGUGUCUACAGCAGUUAACGGAGCAGAUGCAGGAAGUGUAGGGUCGAUGGGUUGUUUUGUUUCUACUAUCAAAUAGAGGCACUUUUGUCACUUUAUGUCACAGUAAACGAUGGCCCUGGGCUGCAGAGAUGCUUGGAGUUUAUUGUGCACUGGAUCCACUGUUGUGAAUAGUCUUAGAUACACAUUUCAACCAUGGUUUCCCUGCGCUCUUUGCUGCUCAUUGAAACCUUUGUUGUAGGUGCCAGAACCAUAUGUAAACAGCUUUCUGAAAAGAUGAAGCUGGUAUUUUUUUAAACCAAAAGCCAUGGAAGCUGGUCAUGUUUUCCAUUUUGAAAUGGUUUAUUGAAACAAGGUGAUACUAAUAGAAACUCAGAGGCACCUUGCAGGCUGCUCUCAACAGCCUCAUUAAAGACAUUUAGGUAACUGAAGAGAACCAAGAGUGAACUUAGCUGGAGAGACUAAGUCACCAUGGUGUGGUGGGCAGCACUGGGAGAGCAUUCGGGUGUGUGUGGGGAAGGAAAGAGCUGCAGUUCCCUCGCUGCUGCGUCAGGGUGAGUCACACACGGUUUCUAAAGUUUUAUUGUAUUACUGCAAUAAAUCCUUUAACAGUA